AUGACCGAUUAUUCGACAUUGAAGGUUACCGAGUUGAAGGAUGAACUGAAGAAGCGUGGUAUCCCUCAGACCAAUUUGAGGCGCAAACAUGAUUUCAUCAAGCGCUUAGAGGAUGAUGAUGCCAAUGGCCAAGAAGGGGGUGCAGAAGAAGAGGAAACGCAGCCCGCCGAACCAGAAGCCCCUACCGAAGCCGAGGAAGCAGGCAGCUAUGAAGCGCCACAGCAAGAUGUCUCAGUCAAUGCUCUUAACGCAACCGAGAAAGCAACCAAGGACGCGGAUGAUAAUGCGCGACAGCGAGAUGCCGCAGCCGGUGCUCCUACCGCAGCUGAGGAGGCGGGAAGGGAUGCGCCGCCGCAGGAUACCGCAACUACCUCUCCAGCUGGUCAGGCGAAAUCGGCAGGAAUGAAUGGAAAGACAGAUGAAAAUACGGCUCAGACGUACUCAGCACAUCUCAAUGGUUCGACCGACCAACGCCAACAACUUUCGCAAGCAGGGGAGCCCAACGUCGAAGCGGAGGAACACCGGGAAAGCGAUGCAAGGAAUGGGGCUGGAGAUAAACAACCUAAAGCUGAAACUGCCACCCAAGCGGCUGAAGAGAAGGAAGCAAGAACCGAGGUUGUCGAUGGAUCCGAUGCUGAAGCUAUCAGCACACCAAUUGACCAGGCUCCUGGGAGUAAAGCUGAGGCAGGACCCAGUGUACCACUAAACGGUGCAAAGCAACCAGAUGAUAAUGGCACGCAAAAUGCACUUCCUGGUGCUCAGACGUCUGGGGCCAACACGGCGCUAUCGACGCCCCUACCCGCAGAAGAGUUUAUUGAUGAUGUUCGGAAAAGGAAGCGUCGCAGCCAAAGCCCUGUCCCUCCAAAUGAGGAGGUCGCAAGAAAGAGAGCCAAAGUCUUGGAUGAGCAAAGUUCAAUUGGGGAAGGAGGUGGACAUGAUGAUCAGGCGGGGAAGGCCGUUUUUCAAAAACAAGACAUGCGCUUCAAAGGAUUAUUAUCUUCAACAGGUCGGGAACAAACUCGACAGUCACCGCCGCCAAGUGACGCGGAUAUGGAAGACGUUACGGUUGAGCCAGCCCGCCAUGCUGCCACCGCUGCGCUGUAUAUUAGCGGUCUUAUGCGUCCUUUACAGCUGGCUGCUCUCAGGAACCACUUACUCUCAGUUGUAUCGACCUCCAAAGAAUUCAGGCCCGACUUGAUCAUCGAUCUUCAUCUGGAUUCUAUCAAGACCCAUUGCUUUGUCAGGUUCGAGGAUGUUCCAACAGCAAUGCGAGCUCGCAACCGUCUCCAUGGUACAGUAUGGCCGAACGAGAAGAGCCGAAAGAAGCUUUCUGUUGAUUUUGUUCCUGUACCCAAACUACGGGAGUGGAUCAAAAUGGAAGAGGAAGCCGAGCUCCAGAGUGGGCGUCCGCUACGCUGGCAAGUCGUGUACGAAGAGCGUGGCGACGGAGUUGAAGCGACCUUAGAGCAUGUCGGCUCUGAGAAGUCUCAGACCCAGGCCUUUCCAGACUCAGCACAGAAGGAGUUUACACGCUCUCCGCCCCGUGGCCCGCGAGCCGAGACGCAAGUUAUGGAUAGGCCCACCAACGGCGCAUCUCAAGCGAGCGGUAGCUCUCAGCCGGCGCAAAACUUCAAGCCAUUGGACGAACUCUUCAAGUCAACUGCUUCAAAGCCUAUGCUCUUUUACCUUCCGGUCCCUCGAGCUGUUGCAGACCAGCGCCUAGAUAGGUUCGAUGACCUGUUGCGGAAAGGCCCAACCCCACGACCGGGCGGAGAUGAAACUCGGAAAUACUCUUUCGAAGAUGACGACCAAUUUGUUGAUAGAGGACCGGAAUUUCCCAGUCGUGGGCAGGGCGGAAUCAGGCGACGAGGCCGCGGUGGUGGGAUGUUUGAUCGAAGGGACACUGGCAGGGGCCAUUAA